UGAUCUACAUAUAUUUGUAUAUCCACUAUGUUUAUUUUUUAUUUAGGUUCAGGUUCAGGACAGAACUCUGUAAUUGGACUGAAUUAGACUAUAGGCACCUGAUGAACUGAUUUUCAUACCUUGACUUUUAAACAAUACUAAAACUUUAUUAAACAAAUUACCUUAAAAUGGGAGAUGCAGAAAGUCCAGUUAAAUAUUUUUUAAGUGGAGGUUUUGGUGGAAUAUGUACUGUUGUAUCAGGACAUCCUCUAGACACAAUAAAAGUACGUCUCCAAACUAUGGCUGUACCAGGCCCAAAUGAAUUACCCUUAUAUAGUGGAACAUUGGAUUGUACCAGAAAAACAAUAGCAAAAGAGGGAAUACGUGGUUUAUAUAAGGGUAUGGGUGCUCCUUUAUGUGGAGUAGCUCCAAUAUUUGCUAUAAGUUUUUAUGGAUAUGGACUUGGUAAACAAUUAAUUAGGAAAUCAGAUAAUGAACAAUUAACACCUUUGAAAUUAUUUUAUGCUGGGGCAUUUAGUGGCAUUUUUACAACCGUUAUAAUGGCACCUGGUGAAAGAAUAAAGUGCCUUCUACAGAUACAACAAUCUGAUGUAAACCCAAAGUAUAAAGGACCAGUUGAUUGUGCGAAACAACUUUAUAAAGAAGGAGGAAUAAGAAGUAUUUAUAAAGGUACCUGCGCUACUCUAUUGAGAGAUAUUCCUGCCAGUGGAAUGUAUUUUAUGACAUAUGAAUGUUUGAAAAAUUGGAUGACUCCUGAAGGAGGUAAACUAGGAAUAGGAGCUACAAUUUUAGCUGGUGGUUUUGCUGGUAUCGCUAACUGGAUUGUUGGAAUGCCACCUGAUGUAUUAAAAAGUCGUCUACAAAGUGCUCCUGAGGGAACUUUCAAACAUGGAAUUCGCGACGCCUUUAUAGUUUUAAUGAAAGAAGAAGGACCAAAAGCACUGUACAAAGGAUGUAUACCUGUGAUGCUUCGUGCAUUCCCGGCAAAUGCAGCAUGCUUUCUCGGAUUUGAAUUUGCUAUGAAAUUAUUGAAUCUAGUAGCGCCUGGCCUAUAAUGUAAAUGUUUGUUAAUUCUCUUAAACGAACUACUGGUAUAGACACAUUUGUGUGAACUGUGUUCCUACAGUAUUGUGUAUUGUUUAACUAAAGGUAGCCUAAGCAAUAAUAUAUUUUUAUAUAAUAUAUAAUUGCAAAUAUUAAACAACAUCAACAGUAUCUGUUUCCAGUUAUUAAUAUUAUACAAAUUGUUUUUUAAUCUAUAUAGACUGUAGCAAUUGUUAAACUAUUUUCUUAUGCUGUGGAAUCUCAUUUUUUGUAAUUUUUAUUUUAUUAAAAUCCAAUAAAAAUAUUAUGCCUAA